CCGAAGUCAGACACUGAACCAACUGAGCCACCCAGGUGCCCCUAAAAAACACCCUUCUAAAUAUCACACAGGGCAAGUAAAACUCUCAAAAGAAAUUUAAAAAUAUUUUGAACUAAAUGAAAACACAAUUUGUCAAAAGUUGUGGGAUACAGUGAAAGCAGUGCUUAGAGGGAAAUUUAUAGCAUGGAAUGCAUAUGUUAGAAAAUACGAAAGAUUUAAAAUCAAUCAUCUAAGUUUCCAUGCUAGGAAACUAGAAAAAAAGAGCUAAUUAAAUUCAAAGUAGGCAGAAAAAAGAAAUAAUACAAAUUAGAACGAAAAAGCCAAUGAAAUUGAGAAUAGGAAAUCAAUUGAGAAAAUUAAUGAAACCAAAAGCUGGUUCUUUGAAAAGAUCAAUGAAAUUGAUAAACCUCAAGCCUGGCUAACUAAUUAAAAAGAGAGGAGACAGAUUAUUAAUAUCAGGAAUGAAAGAGGGGAACUUCCUCAACUUGAUAAAGAGUAUCUACAAAAAUUCUACUGUUAACAUCUUGUUUAUGGUGAGAAACUUGAAGCUUUCUCGCUAAGAUCAGAAAUAAGGCAAGAAUGUCCCCCUUCACCACAGCUUUUUAACAUUACACUGGAAGUCCUAGCUAAUGCAAAUAAAGAAGAAAGGGAAAUAAAACUGUUUGUUCUCAGAUAACAUGAUCAUCUAUGUGGAAAAUAGCAUGUACAAACAAACAAACAAAAACUCCUGGAACUAAUUAGCAAUUAUAGCAGGGAUGCAGGGUAAAAGUUAAUGCACAAAAAGCAAUUGCUUUCCUAUAUACCAGCAAUGAACAAAUAGGAUUUGAAAUUUAAAACACAAUACUAUUAAUAUUUUAUUUUUUAUUUGUUUUUUAUACCAUUACUAUUUUAAAUAAUUCAAGCUUUAUUUUUUUCUUUUUAAGUUUUUAUUCAAAUUCUAGUUAGUUAACAUACAGUGCAAUAUUGGUUUCAGGAGUAGAAUUCAGUGAUUCAUCACUUAUAUACAAGACCCAGUGCUCAUUAUAACAAAGCACAAUACUAUUUAUAUUAGCAUUCCCAAAAUGAAAAGUUUAGGUAUUAAUGUAACAAAACACAUACCAGAUCUAUAUGAGGAAAACUACAAAAAUUCUGAUGAAAGAAAUCAAAGAAGAACUAAAUGGAAAGAUGUUCCAUAUUCAUGGAAAGGAAGACUCAACAUUGUCUAGAUAUCAGUUCUUUCCAGCUUGCUCUAUAGAUUCAAUGCAAUAUCAAUCAAAAUCGUAGCUAGUUAUUGUGUGGAUAUUGGCAAACUGAUUCUAAAGUUUAUAUGGAGGAGCUUUUGGUGGCAGGGUCUGGGGAAGGGGUGUCAGGUGCCAUGUCUGACCAUGAAGGUGGCAAGAAGGAGCCCCUGAAGCAGCCCAUGAAGCAGGCCAAGGACACAGAUGAGGAAGAUAAGGCACUCAAGCAGAAACAGAAAGGGGAGCAGAAGAAACUCAAGGAGCUAAAAGCAAAGGCUAUGGGGAUGGGCCUCCUGGCCACAGGUGGAAUUAAGAAAUCUGACAAAAAGUAAGCUGUUUUUUUAUGCCUGAGACAAUGUGAUCCUUUUUUUUUUUUUAACGUUUAUUUAUUU